AUGUUUACAGUGCUCAUCACAAUAUGCACCCAGCAGAGCAUGGGGUUCGACUACGGCGCAAGCUUUGCGCAGAACGGUGGACAGAAUCAGUGGGCGGCCACACCGCCGUCAUCAUCGCCAUUCUACGACGGGGGUUUUGGCGCCGUACAGGGUCAGAUGAGCCACGAGCAGUUCGGCAUGCCUCUUCCUCCCUCCUCCUCUUCCCCCAUGACGACGCCAGGGGUCGUCGCGAACAUAUGGCUGCAGCAGCUGCAGCAGCAGCCGCAGGGACACUAUAGCAUCUCUCAGAGUCCUCAGCAGCACGGCGCAGGCUACCACCUGCCCUCGCCGCAGAUGCCACCGCAGCAACAGCCUCAGGCUAUCAAGCAGCACAUGCCACAGAGGUCGCCGAGCGUGUCGAUGCCCCUGCAGCACCAGCUGCAGCACCAGCAAUUUGUCGGGCAGCCGCAGCAGUACGGCCAGAGCCACCAGCAGCAGCUCCGCCAGUCGCCCGUUCAGCCUGCAUGCAUGCGUCACAAACCGGUUCCAUCGCCUGAGCAACCAAAGCCUAUCGAGCUCCCGCAGCCACAGGAGCAGCCACAAAGUCACUUUGAGCCUGUGGCCCCUGCCCCGGAGCAAGUGCAGUUUGUGAACCUUCAAGAUAUCCAGAGGAUGCCCAUGCCCGUCAUGCCUGCGUCCGCCCCGGCCCCCGUCCCCGCCCCCGUCCCCGCGCCCGCUCCUCCAGCUAUGCCCGACACGAACCCUCCCCCGAUGAGCAACAGCGUCUCCUCGUCGACCACGACGCCCUCUCUUCAACCUGCCCCCGUCAUCAAGCCCUCUCCUUCCAGCACGCCUCACAUGUCGACCAUACCCUCGAUAAAGUCGGACCCGUCGCGCGUCCAGAAAGCGCAGCCGAAAUCGGCAUCGCAGUCUCCCGCCGUCUCGUCGAGUCGCCUUCCCAGCAGAUCGCCCGCUGUAUCCACCAAGCAGACGCCGCUCAACACGUGCUUCAUGAUGGUGACGCUGGCCGAGGAGUUCAUCGAGAAGGCGCGUGCGGCCGUGCCGGCGGUGGCGGCCAGCCUUCAGCCAGGACAGGUGGACGAGUACCAGAAGCUGAUCGGCACGGGGCUGGCGUGCCUCGAGGGUGCCCUGCAGAGCCAGGGACUGCCUCCCCGUCAGGAGGCUCGCGUCCGGCUCCGCUAUGCGGCUGUCCUGCAGGAGGAGACGGAGAAUAUCAUGGAGGCCGAGACUACGCUGAGUAAGGGUAUCACACUGUGUGACAAAGUAAGGCUUUCGACUCUUGGCAUGACCUUCCUCCGCCCCCCACCCCUGCACUGCCAACGCUGA